AUGGCGCCCGAGAUGACCACCCUCAAGGGCCAGCCCCUCAACCGCACGGCGGUCGACACGCUCAUGCGGCGGCGCUUCUUCUAUACCCCCACGGCGGAUAUCUACGGCGGUGUCGCCGGCUUCUACGACUUUGGCCCCCCGGGCUGCGCCCUGCAGGCCAACAUCGUCGAGACGUGGCGCAAGCACUUCGUCUUGGAGGAGGACAUGCUCGAGGUCGACAGCCCCAUGAUCACGCCCUUCCCCGUCCUCAAGACCAGUGGCCACGUCGAGCGCUUCUGCGACUUCGUUGCCAAGGACUCCGAGAACGGCGAGAUUCUGCGAGCGGACCACGUCGUCGAGGAGGUCCUGGAAGCCAGGCUGAAGGGUGACAAGGAGGCUCGCGGCCAAAAGGUCGAGGCUGCUGCCGAGGAUGGCGCCGCCGACAAGAAGAAGAAGAAGAAGGUCAAGGGCAAGGUCGAGGCGAUCAAGCUGGACGAUGCUGUCGUCCAGGAGUACACCGAGAUCCUCGCCAAGAUCGACAACUACGACGGCCCCGGCCUCUCAGAGCUCUUCGAGAAGUAUGACAUCCGAAAUCCCAACACUGGCAACAAGUUCAAGAUGCCCGUCUACGAGCAGAACCUCAUGUUCGACGUCACCAUCGGCGGCGCCAGACUGCCCGCCUACCUGCGCCCCGAGACCGCCCAGGGUCAAUUCCUCAACUUCUCCAAGCUGCUCGAGUUCAACCAGCAGAAGAUGCCUUUCGCUUCAGCCCAGAUUGGCAAGUCGGGCCGCAACGAGAUUGCACCCAGGUCUGGCCUUCUGCGUGUGAGGGAGUUCCUCAUGGCCGAGAUCGAGCACUACGUCGACCCCGAGAGCGGCAAGAAGCACACGCGGUUCCACGAAGUCGAAGAUGUCAAGAUCAACCUCCUCGACGGUAAAGUCCAGCUCGAGGGUAAGACCGAGACCACGGCCAUCACCAUUGGCGAGGGUGUCCGGACUGGCGUUAUCGACAACGAGACUGUCGGCUACUUCAUGGCCCGCAUUCAGCUCUUCAUGCUGAGGCUCGGCCUUGACCCCGCCAAGAUUCGUUUCCGUGAGCACAUGGAGAACGAGAUGGCACACUACGCCAGAUACUGCGUCGACUGUGAGCUCCUGACCAGUUACGGCUGGAUCGAGUGCGUCGGCUGUGCUGACAGGAGUGCCUACGACCUGUCCUGCCACACCAAGGCCACCGGUGUGCCCCUCGUUGUACGUGAGACGAGGCAGGAGCCCCUGACCAUCACCGAGUAUGUUGCGGAGACGACCAAGGCCAAGUUCGGUCCCCGGUUCAAGCAGGACGGCAAGGCAGUCCAGUCCGCCAUCGACCAAUUGACCGAGGAGGUCAAGGAGAAGCUGUCUCUGGAGCUCAAGGACAACGGCAAGAUCACCAUCGCCGUCCCCGGCGUCGGUGAUGGCAAGGUCGAGUUGACCUCUGAUCUCAUCAAGAUCGAGCAGCAGACCCGCACCGAGCACACCAGGGAGUUCAUUCCCAACGUCAUCGAGCCGUCCUUUGGUAUCGGCCGUAUCUUCUACAGUCUGUGCGAGCAGGUAUUCUGGACGAGAGAGGGCGCCGAGGAGCGAGCUGUGCUUUCGUUCCCGCCAGCGAUUGCUCCCACCAAGGUCCUCCUGGUCCCGCUUUCUUCGAACCCCGACUUCAAGCCUAUGAUCGCCGAGCUUACCAAGAAGCUGAGGAAACACCAUCUGUCCUCGAGGGUGGACGACUCGGGUGCUUCCAUCGGCAAGAGGUACUCACGAAACGACGAGCUCGGCACGCCGUUCGGCAUCACGGUCGACUUCCAGUCUCUCAAGGACAACACUAUCACGCUUCGUGACCGUGACUCAACGGACCAGGUCCGGGCCACCCAGGACGAGAUCCUGGAGGCUCUCGUGAAGCUGGUCCACGGCACGGAGACCUGGAGCCAGGUAUACGAGAGGCUGCCCAAAUUCGAGGGCCAGGAACUGGAGUAA